UCCUGUUGACUGUUGACCUGGUCAGUCGGGUCGUCAGUUCUCAGUUCAUGUUUGCUGUUUGUCUGCACACACUUUCUAAGGUUGUUUUUAUUUAGAUCUAGGUUCAGAGGCCAAGAGGUGACAUUCUCUUUGGCUAGAAUACUAUGUGAAGUGUUUGAAAUUUAGAUUCAAGGAUUUAAAAUUGUGUUUUUUGUUCUCCGAACUCCACCAACCGGUCAAGUGUUUUUGCGUGUUCUGCUGACAUUGUUGGUUGUGUUGAGAAGACGCAGAUUAUUAUUGCAGUACAAUGAUGGCUCAUAUGAAAACAGUAUUGUUUCGUCGGUCAGCCCUUGCUGCUAACCAAGGUUUGGGGAAAUUCAGAAUAAACAAGCUUUUAGAGCAUUCACAGGUCCCAUGUGCCUAUCUUUCUACUCUCAAGGAAGAAAGAAAUCCAUCUGGAAACAGUGCUUUGCAACAAGUACAAGUUGAUGAAUGGAGUGGAAACGAAAGGGAAGGAAGUAAACGAAAGUCACACAUUUCAGCUCUUGCUCUGGCCGGUUCAAUUGGAGUGGGUCUGGGUCUGGCUGGGAAGCUGCUCACCGAGCGCAGAAACAGACGUCAUCACAAUGGUGGUGGGAUCACAGCAACGACCUUGCUCAGAGACCUGGUCCCGGUGGCGUCUGUCUCCGCGGCGGAGAGCGCCCCCCAGCCCGGCGUGCUGCGGAAAGAUCUCCCGACGUACAGCGCCGCUGAGGUGGCGUCUCACAACAGCCGGGAGACGGGCAUCUGGGUGACCUUCCAGAACGGAGUCUACGACAUCACGGAGUACGUUCUGCAGCACCCGGGCGGCAAGAAGAUCCUGAUGGCGUCGGGGAAGUCGAUGGAACCGUUCUGGAACGUCUACUCCGUGCACAAGAACGACGAGGUCUACGAGAUACUCGAGUCUCUGCGCAUCGGGAAUAUCGUUGAAGUCGCGACGAAGAAGGAAGCGGGGGCGACUGACGACCCGUACCGCAACGAUCCCGAACGCUCGCCGCUGCUCAUCCCCAGCUCGAAGAAACCGUUCAACGCGGAGCCGCCCCAGCAGAUGCUGGUCGACCGCUUCCUCACGCCCAACCAUCUGUUCUUUGUGCGCAACCACCUUCCCGUUCCGUCCGUAGAGCCGAAGGAUUACCGGCUGGACGUGAGUCUGGACUCGGGGAGCAAGUCGUUCACCUACGACGACCUCAAGUCCAAGUUCGACAAGCGCUCGGUGGUGGCCGUCACGCAGUGUGCGGGGAACAGGCGCUCUGAGAUGGUCAAG